GGGGGGCGGGGAGGCGAGGGGGUGGUGCGGGCGCCAGAAAAGCCCGAGCCCACAGCCGGCCCUGCGCAGGGAUGGGCAGCGCGCUCUCAAGUGUGUGACCGCCGCCGCCAACUCCCGGCCGGGCCCGGGACGCAGCGAGCGAGCGCCGGCCUCGGACCCCGCAGCUGGAGGGCGAGGCCGCUGUGCCGGGCCCAGCGCCCUUUCUCGGCUGCAGGCGUCCGUGCUCCCGGCCCGGUGCCCGAUCGGGGUUCAUGGAGCCGGGGCUGUGGCUCCUCUUCGGGCUCACAGUGACCUCCGCCGCAGGACUGGUGCCUCGCCCCCAGCCUGGGGACGCUGGCAAGAGCGGCAUGCCUGGGCCCCCCACCGCAGCCAGAUCUGAGGGGGACAUCGAGGAGAUUGUGGCCACUACUGCAGUGCAGGGUUUGAUUCCCAGACGCCCUGGGCAGGAGCAGAAACCGGGUCGGUUUGGGGAGCAGGCAUCCAAGGGGGGUCCUGUGCACCGCCGCGCGAGGCGCUGUACGUGCUUCACCUACAAGGACAAGGAGUGUGUCUACUAUUGCCACCUGGACAUCAUCUGGAUCAACACUCCUGAACGGACUGUGCCCUAUGGACUGUCCAACUACAGAGGAAGCUUCCGGGGAAGGAGGUCCACAGGGCCGUUCCCGCAGAGCCCGCAGCCCUCCGAGUGGACCCCACGCUGCUCCUGUGAGCAGAGCCAGGACAGCGCCUGCUUGCACUUCUGCGCCCGCAGCCCGGCUGUCAGCAGGAACUCAAGGACGGCAACAAAUCCUGACAAAGAAGAGCCAGCCAGCGGUGCCAGCGGAGGCCUGCGUCCGAGGAGGUGAAACUGCUUUCUGAGGCGUCACACCCUUGGGGACAAGGAGGGCGUGAGGGUGGCAUGUGGUCGUGGGGACAGCCGGUGGGAGCCCCAGCACGCACGGGGUGCGGCAUCCACGGGGGACAGGGCCUUUGGUACAUUAUCUCCGGGGACAGAGCAGGCUGGAGCUGUGGACAGUCCCUGUCACUGCCCGGCCCCUGGGCAGCCACUCUCUCUCACAGAAUUGACCCCUUGCAUCCCUUGCAGCUUCGGAGCCGCGACAGCCGGCUCUGGACUUCACUGGGCCUGGCCCAGACACAGCUAGCUGGCCUGCUGCUCGGACACAACCCUCCCCCGACCCCAACACCCCCGGCUCAUUUACCUGGGCCCAGGUGUCGCCUUUUCCAGAGGCAACAUGUGGUCAUUACCAAAAAAAA